GGGCCGUACCACUCAGCUGCGGGGGGCGGGGGGCGCGGGGGAUAAUGCGGUUGUGAUGGGGUCGCAGGCCGCCUGGGUAGGGCGGCGCGCUACCCCCAUCUCGCACUCCUAGGCCUCGCAGCUGCUCCCCUCGGGCCGCCCCCGCGCCUCCCUUUCCCCCCCCCCCGCCUGGGCGAGUGGUGCGGCCCACGGCGCGUCGCGCUCAGCCCCGGCCCGGAACAACGCGGCCCGAGCAGGCGGAGGAGGAGGAUGGCGCUGCCAGGUGGAAAUAAGGAUAACAUCAGGGCAGGAUGCAAGAAAUGUGGCUAUCCUGGUCAUCUGACAUUUGAAUGCCGAAAUUUUCUGCGAGUGGACCCUAAAAGAGACAUUGUUUUAGAUGUUAGCAGUACAAGCAGUGAAGACAGUGAGGAAGAAGAACUGAUAAGACUGCAAUCCAUAGGAGAGAAAAAGAGUACAAAUGAUGAAGAAGAAAAAAAGCAAAAAAGAAAAAGCAAAGAAAAAUCCAAACUAAAGAAAUCCAGAAAAAGUUUUGCUGCUGACCUCUGGAAUCAUCAAGGAGCUUCAAGAAUGUUAUGACUCUACUAAUGCUUACGUAGGAAAAGCAGAAGUGACAGAGCGCAAGUAAAUGCUGCAAUGAAGGAGAAACAAUCAGUUGUGUGUUGCUUCUUGAUUCUAAGAGUCUUUGGGGAAGAAUUCUAAAGUAAACUAUCAAAGGUUGCUUCUGAAGAGAGAAAAAUAAACUCAACUUGAAAAUUCAUGCCAGAAGGAAACAAAAUCCUCUCAAGAGAAAACACAGGUAGAUUUGCAGCAGCCUUUUUUUCCCUCUGAAAUAAUAUAGAAACAAACAAUUUUUUCCCCCUGCCAUGAACUAUUGUUCCUACUGAGAAUGCUCUUCCCCUAAUUUUGUCUCUUGAUACUUAAUAGUUUAUGACUCCUAGGGCAUGUCCAUACAUGCAAGUACGUGCACUUGCAGCAGCUCAAAUAGAAGCAAUGAAAAUUUGAGCCAGGGCCUUUUGCCUCAGCACACAUGCUCAGACACGCACUUUGUUGUGGAGUAAAUUGUGCCACUUGGGGCAGAAUAACUCUGCCUGGCUACCCCUGGAUCUACAGCCAGGGGCAGCUUGAGCCCAGGGCCAGCACCUGUGCUGUCCCCAGCAGUAUAAAAAGCUGCCCUGCCCUAGUCCUAUCCAUACAAAAAGCUGCCCUGGCCAGCAGCUCAGGGCUACUUACUCUCAGGAGCUUCUGGGGCCCAGCCAAUUGGUACCUGGGGACACUACCCCUUGUGCCAUCUGGACUGCUGCAGUAGCACCCCAAAUCCAUUUUUUAAAAUACCUCAAAAUCCAUGUUCUUCCACAGUUAAAACAACAGACCACUCUACACACAUCUAUCUAUCUAUCUAUCUAUCUAUCUGUAGAGAGAGAGAGAGAGAGCGCGAUCAGUUGGGAAAUGCUUUAUUGGUAUAUUUACAUAGUUAAAGCAAUUUGGAAGCCUACUAGUGUCUCUAUCAUCAUGAUAAAAUAAAUUCUAAAUACCUA